UGUGCACGCGGCUGUGGCCGGAAUUUCCAACGUCGGGCUGUCGGACUCCAACAUUAUUGGGUACUUACAGAGCACCGCGGCCGGCACCGUGGACAGCCUGCGGUUGAAUCUGUGCUGCCACAUAUUUGGCGAGAUACGGUCCAGGUCACUUCGGCUCAAGUCCCUGCUGUUGAGCCAGAACAAACCAUAUUUGAACACGCGCAGAAUGAUCAAUUACGAAAAACUCGAAUCGGCAUUAGCCUUACAAGUGUCGCUGCAAUGGUUGGAGAUCAAUCACCUCCCGGCACGUCUAGUCGGGGCCGUGUCCAGGCUGCACAAUCUCCGGCACUUGACUUUGAACUUAACAAUCGGACACGCCGACAUGGAAUGUCUGCGCGAGUUCGUGGAAUCGUUGCGCGACAUGAAGCGUAUCAGGACUUUGGCCGUUAAUCGAGUAGUCGAGACAUCGAUGGACGUCGGGCUCAACGCGGUACUUCAGACGUUCGCGAUACCAGAAUGCGCAUUCGAAUCACUAACGUCGUUGGACUGUUCGUUGGACAGCAGCCUGUGCGUGCUGCGUACCGGGAAACGGUUGUCCAGCUUACGCAUCCGGAACGGCGACAUUCUGUCGGCCGGUGAUUUGCAACUGUUGUUCGAAAACCUCAUCGGUUUGAGACAUCUGUGGAUCGACAACUGUCUUUGUCUCGACGACGACAUUAUGUCCGGCUUGCCGGUUUCUAAUCUCAAAGGACUGAUUUCUCUAAAGAUAUUCAACGCAAAUUUGACACACCGAUGUUUGCCACAUAUUAAAUUUUUGCAUUUAAACAUCUUGGUCAUCAACAAUAUGUCGCUAGAACCGUGCGUUGCAUUGAACGAUUUGUCCGAUUUCCAUUAUUGUUUAAAGAAAUUUAGUCGUUUUGUUCCCGCCUUAACUCAACUUGAAUUACAACUGUAUUGUGAUCAAAUAAUGUUUAAAAAGUUACGUUUUGAAUCACUUUUUUACAGCGACACGAAAACGAUGUUUAAAUCUUAUUUUAAAGUAUUGAAAAGUCUGGUACUUCUGUAUAGGUACACCUAACCAUAGCCAUUUAAACUUAGUUUAUAAGUCUAUGCACUUGGGUAACUGAUCCCAUAAUUUGAUUGAAAUAUUUCCAAAUACAAUAUACCUACCUAAUGAUAUAGUUCAUAUAAAUAAAUAGGUACCUG